AUGUUGCCACUUCAUAAUAAUGAAAAUAAAAAAAAAAAUGAAGAAAUUGGAAUCGAUUUUAGAAAGAAAAAUGGAUAUGGAAUUAAAAACAUUGGAAAAAUAAUUAGUUCACAUAAGCAGUUUAACAAAAAUGUGAAAAAAAAAAUUUCUUAUGAUUAUAUUGUUAUAUUAUUAAAUAAAGCAAAUUUAGAUAUCAAGUAUAAUUAUGCACAAAUAGCAUAUAGUUUAUUUUGUCCUUCAAAAUUGUAUAAAUUAUUUUUAUAUAGAAAGCAAAAUAAAAAUCAUUAUUAUCGUGAUGAUCCUUGCUUUUUUUUUAUUUUUCUAGUUAAUUAUUUAACAAUUGGAUAUAUAUAUAGUAUAAAUAUAAUAUCAAGAAAACCAAAUGUAAUAAAUGAUAAUUCGAAAUAUGCACUUUUUACUAUUAGGAUUUUUUAUCCACUACUUAUUUUUCUAUUAACAGGAAUAUUAAUAACUACAUUAAAUUAUAUAUAUAUAUUUAAAUGCAUUAAAAAUAGAUCCAUUGUUGGUAAUGAAUAUAAUACUGUUUUUGAAUCAAUAAAAGAUUUAAAUAGGGAAAUUUUGUUUUUCUUUGAUAUAAAUUUAAAUUGCUCUACAACUAUUCUUAUUUCAUCAUUUGCAGUUCCUUAUUUUUUUUUGCCUAUUUUAACUAUAAAACAUUUUGAAAUUUUAAAAAAAAUUGUCAUUAUUAUAUUAAAUAUAUUAGAUAUUCUUGGUUGGAUGUAUUAUUUGUAUAUAUAUAAAAUAGGUAUGCAUGUUAUUUUAUGUAGAAAUAUCAAACAAAAUAAUUAUAUAUAUAUUUUUUUUUUCUGUUUUAUUUUAAUAUUUUUUUUUUAUUUAACAUAUAAUAAUUUAACAUUUGCAUUAUUUAUCUACAACUUUUUUUAA